AUGGUCAGUUUAGUAAUUGCAAACACGAUAUUCAUACAGAUUAAGCGUAGCUUAAUUGGAGUUCAUCACUUGAAUUUCUCUGUACCCAUCCAAGAUCGUUUGUCGAUACAUCAAGAUUCAACCAUGAGUCGCUCAGAGGGACCCCACCGAGGAUUUCUCCCAAUUGGGAAUCCCUUCAAGAUGAUGAUGCCCAAAACCUCUCAUCUCCCAUCAACAUUCCUAACUGCAUUCGAGAAAAAUCUAGCCAAAAGAUUUCAACAAUUAAAGCCAAAUCAUCCGAACGAUGUCAUCACCUUUUCAUGGAUGAAAUCCGCAUUAUCUUCAAUUUGUGAUACACUUGAUGACAUAAGAAAACUCAUUGUAGAUCUAGAGCUUCCAAUAUGCAGCUGGGAUAUAAAAUGGGUGGACAUGUAUUUAGACAACAGUUUAAAUUUACUCGAUUUUUGCAGUGCUUUUGGAACCGAUAUCGUGAGGCAAAGAUUCAGUUACGUGAUGCUAAAAUGUGCAUUACAUGAUCUUGAUUCAGAUAACCCACAAAAGCUAAUGAAAGCAUCUUCUUCACUUCACGAAUGGAGACAAUAUCACAACUCUUAUGACAACUCAAAGUUACAAGAUUGUUGUGAUGUUAUAUCCAAGCUUGAACAAACACUCAACUUGCCAAAAAUCAAGAACAUACCAAAAGCCAAAGAUUUGGUUAGAGCCAUGUAUGGACUCAAGGUUCAGACCAUGUUCAUCUUUACCACAUUUGUGGCUGCAUUUUCUACUUUCCCUAGGGUUCUUGUUGAGUUGCAGGUUCCUAAACUGUAUUUAUGGCAAGAAUCUUUUACAGAGUUGCAGGUGGUUGUCAAUGGUGAAAUCAAGAAUGUAUAUAGUUCGAAUGGGGUUUCUCCAUUGAUGGAGCUUCGAAGAAUUGAGGAAAAUGUGAAGAAGUUGUACCCUUUGCUUCAUGAUGGGUUGGGUGAUGUUAAAGAUGAAGUUUUUAAGAGUUAUUGUUGUGAAUUGAUGGAGAAUAAUGAGAAGUUUUUGGUUGGGUUGGAUGAGAUCAAAUCAGAAAUGGAUCGAUUUUUUAAAGUUGUGGUGAGUGGUCGGAUGGCGUUGUUGGAUAAUUUUCAACUGCAACGACCAAGGAGUGGGGUCCAACAGUCGAUUAUGUUGUGGAAUUUGGUGGGAAUUUCAUCUUCUUUCUCCGUCACCACUUACACCUCCGACGAUCUUCUCAAUGGAGAAGAAGAACUCCGUCACAAAAAAAUCAAACCAUACACUCCAAAAUGGGAACCAUCGUCCAUGGCCACCAUCGACGACCUAACUCUCACACUGAUGUUCUUUCUCAGAUCCCUGACUAUGAAACAAUCGAUUUCAGUGGAGAUAACGGACUGCUUCUCUAAAUUCAUAGUUGGAUUAAAAACCCACAAUGAACUCGCCAUCAAUUCUUGA